ACAGAGAGUGCGGUUGCCAGAAUUUGCAAACGCGAACCACAUACUACCAUUUCGGGACAGUGAUUGAGUUUCAAACCCCGACGGCCGUCUCCGGUGGCGAGAUUGUGGCGAGGUGCAGGCCUCAUCAAAUCUCAGCAGUUCUCGCCGGCGUUGACCACCUCCGGACCCCUCCUCAUACUCUAUCUUUCAAUAAAACCAGAUCAAGAUGUCCGACGACGGCUAUGAGGGUGGCGGAGGUGGUGACAACUACGAUUACGAUGGUCCAGGGUGAGUUCUUGUUGCUUUGCAAAGUGACUAACCGGUUCGACGAGCAUGUGCGUUCCGACAGGUUCAAUGAAGACGCUUUCGAGGACAACUAUGACUUGCCUACGAACGAGGGUGGCGAGCCCGAAGCCGCGGAAGGCAGUGGCCAAGUGAAUGGGUACGAGGGUGCGAAUGGCGCGGAACCAGACCAAGAGACGGGGAAUGGCGAGGCAUCACAACAGCAAGAUGUACAUACUUCUGGUGCAGGGAUACAGGGAGAGCGGCAGCCGAACAAAGUGAGGGUGACAACGCCGUACCUGACCAAGUACGAGCGUGCACGAGUACUGGGGACAAGAGCGCUACAGAUCAGUAUGAACGCUCCUGUACUCGUUCCUUUGGACGGCGAAACGGACGCUCUCCAGAUCGCCAUCAAGGAGCUCUCCCAACGCAAAAUACCGCUGAUCAUCCGGCGGUACCUGCCUGACGGCAGCUUCGAGGACUGGAGUGUGUCCGAACUGAUCACCGACUGAUGUUACGGCUGCGGUUUCUCGUGUGUUUUCGGUGUAUUCUCAUUCGACGUUCAUUAUUGCUCUCUCAAUGCAUAUCGUUUCGCAGUUUUUCUCAAACAG